AUGCUGGAUGAUUCGAGGAUUGGGACGGAAGAAAAGCUGCUUGAGGAGCUAAGAGAAUUUCGUUGGGAAAUGAAAUCACGCUUUAAAGAGCAGUCGAAGGAAUAUGCACAGCUUCUAGACAGAUUUAUUAGAACGAAAUCGGAGGUACAAAGGAUAAAGCAGUCUAUGAAGUUAGUUUUAGAAAAGGUUAACAAGGUAGAUUUACUAGAGUCUAAACUGAAAACUUUAUUAAUGAGGAAUGAAUUUCUGGAAAACGCUCUGGAGACCGAGAAGAAGAAGAAAGAAACGAAGAGCAAUGAAGCUAAGAGUAACGCAGUAGUUAAUUGUAAUAACAGAUGUCUGGACCUAGUCCUUAGCGGGUUAUCGGCGUAUGGUAGGGUGGACGUGCGCGAGUCUCGGGAGCCGCUUGUGCCGGUGGAUGUGCAUCACCCACCGCUGGACAUCACGUGUAGGGCAAAAGUUAAGAGCAUGAUAGAAAUCGCUCACAAGAACUAUCUUCUCCGGGUUCAGAAUGUCCUACACAAGGAUCCAACAUCGUUCUGGAACUACACUGAAACAAAAAGAGGUAAUAGGGGUGUUCAAAAAAUUCUUAAGAACGGGGAGGUAUUGAAUGCUCAGCAUUGUGCUACAGAGUUCGCUCACUUUUUCCAUUCAGUUUAUAGUUCACACAGAGCGGAGUUGGACGUAAGCGCAGCCAUCGCAGCAGCAGGCGGGGAGAAUGGAGCGGCACGGGUCCACGUGGGUAGGCUGACUUUGGACGAGGUGAGACAGGCACUUAAACAACUUAAGCCGAAGAAAUCAGCGGGACCGGAUGGUAUACCACCUUACCUGUUCAGAGACUGUCGAUUCGCCUUGGCAGAGCCGUUGUUGUAUAUAUUCAAUCAGUGUCUG